AUGGCGGACACAAAGAGGCCUUCUAUUCCUAGCUGGCAGCUUGCUGCAAAGACUGAAUCCAGCUCCCAGGAGGGUGAGACUACAGCACCGAAACCCGCCUCGCCGCCGGACGAAGCGACUUUACUUGACCAAGCUUCCCGAUUUUUGCAAGAUGAAUCUAUACGCGACGCACCUACCGACAAGAAGAUUGCAUUCUUGGAAUCCAAAGGCCUAAAAAAAGAGAUUAUUCAAAAGCUCCUGGGCGAGUCUGUACCGGAGGUCAAGCAACAAGAGCCCAUUGCCAACGUUUCGAGAUUAGAAGAGGUGCCGCUGCCCGAGAAACCGGCCCCCUUUCCUGCAGUAUCACAGCAAGCCUCUGCACCUGUUCGAGACGUUCCUCCUAUAAUUACGUAUCCCGAAUUUCUCGCUCAAGCCCCCAAGCCACCACCACUCGUUAACCUACGCACCGUUCUAUACACCCUCUAUGGCGCCGCUACUCUCGCAUCCACCAUGUACGGCGCGAGCGAAUUUCUCAUUAAACCAAUGAUCGCAUCUCUUACAGAAGCCCGACAGGAACUCGCAGAGACAACAAAGCGAAACCUCUCCACGUUAAAUGACAAACUAGAAAAGAACGUUUCUACAAUCCCACCAUCAGCCAUCACAAUCAGAAGGACAGAGCCUUCAGAGGAGGAUGAAGAAACAGAUUCCAUCACCUCUGACCCAACGGAGCUCUUUCACCGAGACAUUGCAACUCAAACCGGCCCCGAAUUAGAAAAACUUCCUACUGCCCAGCCGUCAACGUCUGAACCGGUGGAUGCCCGCUCAGAUGCUGAAAAGGCACUGGAUAACCAUGUUUCUCGAAUAAAGUCCCUAUCGUCUCAACUACACGACGUUCUCUAUUCAGAAACACAAACUGAUUCUUCGUACACGAAUACAAAAGAUCGACUCUCCGACUUGCAAACCUACCUUGAUAGCUUGACGUAUAGUUCGCCAGCUUAUUUAAGUUCAUCAUUAUAUGGUGCGUAUGGUGAUGACUCUAGGGAUGGCAAGUCCGGCAUGUCAAACGGAGAGGCCGAUGCUAUUUCUGCAUUUCGAGCAGAGGUUAGAAGUGCCAAAGGUGUAUUGCUGAGUGCAAGGAACUUUCCGGCAGGGAGCCGAGGAACUGUUCGUGCCUUGGCUAAGGGUUCUGCAGCUUCUUAA